CUAUGAAAUUGUAUUUAUCGAGCAACUGCGACGUCUAAUACUGCUCGGACUGCAUUUCCCAGAACAUACUGAGCGUCACAUAUCACGUGAUAUCAUAUCACAUGAGCCAAAAUGGACACGAUACCGGAGGAACAUUUCGCUUCAUUACAGUUGCUUUUGAAGGCGCCUUCUAAGGAUGCCGUGCGGCAGCUGUGCCAGGACAGCUUCCCGUCCGGAGCGCCGGAAUCUCGGCAGCUCGCCGAGAGCGCCGCGGGGACGCUGUCCGUGUCCGCCAGCGAAGCCCAGCAGCUGCUGAGGGCUCUGCACACGCUCUCUCAUCACGUGCUCUUUCACGGCCUGACAGGCCCAGAGCAGAUCACACGCCUCUUCCCUGACACCUUCCACACCAGCCUGAAAAACCUCCUCACAAAGAUCCUGCUGGAGCACAGCCCAACAUGGAGAAAUGAUGCCCUUUCCAGUCAAAUUUCGCUGCCCCAGCUGGUGGAUAUGGACUGGAGGGUAGACAUGAAGACUGCUUCAGACUCAGUGAGCCGCAUGGCAGUGCCUACCUGCCUGGUGCACAUGAAGGUUCAGGACCCCCUGGCCCUGGGGGGCGGAGACUCGGUUUCCGCGGUGACGGUGGAGCUGAGCAGAGAGACCCUGGACACCAUGCUGGAUGGACUGGGGCGGAUACGGGACCAGCUGUCUAUGGUGGCCAGCAAGUAGCCCCUGCCCCACAGCUACUGCCCCAGCAAGUAGCCCCUGCCCCACAGCUACUGCCCCAGCAAGUCGCCCCUGCCCCACAGCUACUGCCCCAGCAAGUCGCCCCUGCCCCAGAGCUACUGCCCCAGCAAGUAGCCCCUGCCCCACAGCUACUGCCCCA